CGGGGAGGAGGGGGACACACACUCUCUCUUGUGAUGUCCCAGCUAUUCUUCUGGUGUGGACAAAUAAGUCAACGCUCAGAUGCCACUGCUAAAACCAGUUCCUUGUGAUGUUUCUUAGAAGAAGGUAGCCUCACUUACAGCUCUGCACUCUUCAUCUUCACCAAGAAGUCAAGAAGGACUUGAUCUCCUCUCGUCAGUAGACGGAUAAGGACCUUCUACCUGAGAGGAAGUCAAGACAAGCAGACCCGAAGGUAAAGGAAAAGACAUAUAGCUAUCUUACAACCAUCUGACCACCAGCAGCAGCAGGUGUAUCCUUGGACUUUGAGCAGAGAUGGGAGACUGGAGUCUUCUUGGGAAUUUCCUUGAAGAGGUCCAGGAGCACUCCACUUCGGUCGGGAAGGUUUGGCUCACCAUCUUGUUCAUUUUCCGCAUCCUGGUCCUGGGCACGGCGGCGGAGUCGUCCUGGGGCGACGAGCAGAGCGACUUCAUGUGCGACACCCAGCAGCCCGGUUGCACCAAUGUCUGCUACGACAGCGCCUUCCCUAUUGCCCACAUCCGCUACUGGGUGUUGCAGAUCGUGUUUGUCUCCACGCCCUCACUCAUCUACAUGGGCCACGCCAUGCACACGGUGCGUAUGGAGGAGAAGAGGAAGAGGAUGGAGCAGGAGGAGAGGGAGGCUAGAGGGGACGAUGGAGAAGACCUGCAGAAGGAGAAGGAGUUCCUCCAACAGAAACAGAAAACAGCUGAGGGGACAGGUCGUGUCCGUCUAAAAGGAGCCCUGCUCCACACUUACAUCCUGAGCAUCUUGAUCCGAACAGUGAUGGAGGUCACCUUCAUAGUGGUGCAGUAUCUCAUAUAUGGGGUAUUCCUCAAGGCGAUGUACCUCUGCACGACCUGGCCUUGUCCCAAUGCCGUGAACUGCUACAUGUCCCGACCCACAGAGAAGAACAUCUUUAUCGUCUUCAUGCUGGUGGUGUCCGGCGUGUCUCUUCUGCUGUCCGUGUUGGAACUCUACCACCUUGGCUGGAAGAGCGUCAAGAAGUGCGUACGCAACAAGACGCUGCAGAAGAACAACCACAGGGCCGUGACAGUGGCCGUGUCCACAGGGUUGGAAUCCAACAAGCACCAACAACCUUCCGCCUCUUGCACCCCACCCCCGGAUUUCGAUCACUGCCUGACCGCGCCGAGAUCCAUGAAUCCCAUGACUUCCAUUGCCUCCCACCCGUUCAACACCAGGAUGGCACUGCAGCAGAACUCGGCCAACCUGGCGACCGAGCGGCACCACAGCUGUGACAACCUGGAGGACGAGGAGGACUUCUUGAGGAUCAGAUACGAACAGCUGCCUGCAGAGCUUCCCAACGGCUGCUCGCCACUGCCGCUGCUCCAUUCAGGCUUCCUGAAGGACAAACGACGCCUGAGCAGGACCAGCGGCACCAGCAGCCGGGCGCGGCAAGACGACCUGGCAGUGUAGGUCCAAUAUGGGCCAAAGAGUGAGGAUAGAAGUAUCACUUACAAACACAACUCUAACAACUUGCAAAAGUAUUAACCCAAAUUAGACAUUUUUCACAUUUUGCUACAUUACAACCAGAACCUUGUAACAUAUUUUCUUUAAUUGCUUUGUGAUGAACCAACACAAAGUGAUGUGUGAUUGUGAGGGAAAGGAAAAUGAUUCAUGAAAUUUUCACCCACACCAGCUGCAUGCAUCUGGCAUCUAACAGCUUUCCAUAGAGACUAACAUAUUGUUCACUGAUCUUUGCAAAACAUUAGACCGACGGGGUCUGUGAUCUUCAAAUUCAAAUGUUUUGCUAAAUAUCUUAAUUAUAUUAAGAUGUAUGCAAUUCUAACACCUGAAAAGGCUGCAUGUUUAAGGUUUUUUGCCCUGCUGGAAGAUGAACUUCUAACUCAGUUUCAAGUUUGUUUUUCAGCCUCUAACAGGUUUCAACUACCUUCAUCAUGUAGAUACCUUCUUCUACCCCUCAACUCUUAGUGGUAUAUUUAAUGGCAGCAUCAUCCUGACUUUUCCAUAAAUGGCAGUUCAGUGCAGCACUUUAUUAAUAGUCGUUCUCUUAUCAGACUAUGAGCUGGGACUCUGCGGCAUUCUCUGAUGUGCCUGAUGACAUGUUUUACA